AUGUAUCCGAUGGAUUCUGAGUAUCAUCGUCGUGGUCUGGUGGCGAACGAUCGAUCACCAGGCAACUUUGUUCGGCUGGAUAAACCGAGAGCUGUGGACGAUCUUUAUAUAGGCAAGAGAGAAAAGAUGCGUAGGUGGUUGUGCUGUGCUUGCCACGUCGAAGAGCCUUACCAUUCUUCUGACAAUGAACACCUCACAAGCCCUAAGCACCAUAAUGAUUAUGGUACUGCUCUUUGCCUCAACCUAGUUGUUGGAUACUUUGGGCACAAUAAAAGACCACAAGCUGCUGUGAGGCCUGAUGCUUUAAAGGAGCCUCCAUCUAUUGAUGUGCCUGCGUUGUCACUGGAUGAGCUGAAAGAGAAGACUGAUGGUUUUGGAUCAAAGGCAUUGAUCGGUGAGGGAUCAUACGGAAGAGCCUACUAUGCAACCUUGAAUGAUGGCAAGGCUGUGGCAGUGAAGAAGCUUGAUAAUUCAGCUGAGCCUGAAUCAAACUUUGAGUUCUUGACUCAGGUCUCGAGGGUUUCGAAGCUGAGGCAUGACAAUUUUGUUCAGCUCUUCGGUUACUGUGUUGAAGGGAACCUCCGUAUCCUUGCGUAUGAGUUUGCCACAAUGGGGUCUUUGCACGACAUCUUACACGGGAGGAAAGGAGUCCAAGGAGCACAGCCUGGUCCAACGCUUGAUUGGAUCCAACGGGUCAGAAUCGCAGUUGAUGCAGCUCGAGGACUUGAGUAUCUACACGAGAAAGCUCAACCUCCGGUAAUACACAGGGAUAUUCGAUCUAGCAAUGUGCUUCUCUUUGAAGACUUCAAAGCCAAGAUUGCUGAUUUUAACCUGUCGAAUCAAUCUCCUGAUAUGGCUGCUCGUCUUCAUUCCACCAGAGUUUUGGGAACCUUUGGUUACCACGCACCAGAGUAUGCCAUGACUGGUCAACUGACACAGAAGAGUGAUGUUUAUAGUUUUGGUGUAGUGCUUUUAGAGCUCUUGACUGGUAGAAAACCUGUUGAUCAUACAAUGCCCCGUGGCCAACAAAGUCUUGUCACUUGGGCCACUCCAAGGCUGAGUGAAGACAAAGUGAAGCAAUGUGUUGAUCCAAAACUGAAAGGAGAAUAUCCUCCUAAAGCAGUUGCAAAGCUUGCGGCAGUAGCAGCGUUGUGUGUGCAGUACGAAUCAGAGUUUAGGCCGAACAUGAGCAUCGUUGUAAAAGCUCUACAACCAUUGUUGAGGUCAACAGCAGCAGCUGUUCCAUCCCAGGAAACUUGA